AUGCCCUCAUAUUUCUAUAACCUCGCGCUCGAAUUGUUUGCUCGCCCUCAAUCCGACCUCAGAGGCGCUUCCCAAAGCGUGAGCGAUCCGUCUCCAACUUCGCUAUCGUUUGACUCCGCAUGUGAAGCUCUACUACCAUUCCAGAAGCGGCCACGGUCCUCGAAUCCUCCACACCGAAUCUCUCGCCAUCCGUUGAACGGGAAACAUCGACGGUCGCCUCCGGCCUCCUCUACUUCAAGUGACACUGCAAUUUCGCCCGCACAUCUCACUACCCCUCCGUACGCCAAGUCGUCGACCGGCGCAACCGAGUUUGAGAACGAUCUGAGACUGGACAAGGUCUCGAUCGAGUGCAUUGAUAUGAUACCUUCAGAUCCAGGCACAGUAGGCGCGAAGCGGACGGGCUGGAGAGAUUCCAGGGACAAUCCCGUUGCAACGGGAAUCGGCACGGACAUCCUGGGCGGUCUUCGCACCAGGGGCAGAUAUAUCCCCCUCGACCAGACGACGUCUGAAAGUGUCUGGGGUAUUGUGCACCUGUACCGAGAUGCUCAGGAGACACCAUAUCUCACCGAGGAAGAAUACCCGUCCUAUCUGAAGGGCUCUGCUGCCGCCCGACAGCCGUUCGAUGAACUCGGUGAGACCAGUGCCCCGCGCCAGGACACCCGCGCGGACGAACCGUCGUCGUUGUCAUCCUUGCCGCAGGAUGAGGAUUACACGACGCUGUGUAUCCUUGCUGUCCCGUCAUAUAUGUCGCCGUUGGAUUUCCUGGGGUUCGUUGGUGAGGCGACCAGGGACGACGUUAGUCAUUUUCGAAUGAUUCGCACGGCGCGAGCAAAUCGAUAUAUGGUUUUGAUGAAGUUUCGUAGUGGGAAAAAGGCUAGGGAGUGGCAGAAGGAUUGGAAUGGAAAGGUCUUUAACAGCAUGGAGGCAAGUCCCGAAACAUGUCAUGUCGUCUUUGUGAGCACAGUUGAAAUUCAAGCAGUGGAUUCGGACUCACAAACCGGGCUUUCUUCCACUCAUCAAAGUGCUCUCUUAUCUUCCAGCACUGCAACAAGCCCGCAGCGCGCUGCUGGAUCUACAAGUCAAACGAGCUCGAUUCCCUCAGCAACGCUCUCAUCCAGGCCUCUGGCACCCCCCACACCUGCCCUCAUUGAGUUACCCACCUGUCCUGUCUGCCUGGAGCGCAUGGACGAGACGACUGGGUUGUUGACAAUUAUUUGUCAACAUGUCUUUCAUUGCACAUGUCUACAGAAAUGGAAGGGCAGCGGCUGUCCCGUGUGUCGAUACACGCAAGAUGAUCUUCGCAAAAGCAGUCAGGGCAUGCCCAUCGAAGACGAGAUGGCCGAAUGCUCUGUUUGUCGUUCGGAGAUCAACCUCUGGGUAUGUCUGAUCUGCGGAAAUGUUGGCUGCGGCCGCUACGACGGAGCGCAUGCCUUUACACAUUAUAAAAACACCUCCCAUUCCUUUGCUAUGGAUCUUGCCACGCAGCGUGUCUGGGACUACGUCGGCGAUGCAUACGUCCACCGCAUCAUUCAGAGCAAAACCGACGGUAAACUUGUCGAGCUCCCCGCCGCGGACAACAGCGCACUCGAUCCACCAGAUUGGACCGACGCCGUGCCACGGGAAAAACUCGAAAACAUGAGCGUCGAAUACACACAUCUUCUAACCAGUCAGCUCGAGAGCCAGCGUGCUUACUUCGAGGAGAUCGUCGAACGCGCAGUCGACAAGGCAUCCCAAGCCGCCGCGACAGCGUCCGCAGCCCAAGAAGUAGCCCAGUCCGCCAGCUCCAAUCUCUCCGCUGUGCAAUCGCAGUAUGAAAAACUAACUAGGGAGACCCUCCCGGGUCUCGAACGGGAUAAAUCCCGCGCUGAGAAACGCUCCGAGAAGUUCGAGGCCAUGGCCCGGAAGAUGGAAAAAGAGUGGCGUGAGGAAAAAACCAUGAAUGAAAGCCUGAUGGAACGGAUCGAACAUUUAACCGCGGAAGUGGAAACUCUCAAAACGACUAAUGCAGAUCUGAGUGAGCAAAAUCGUGAUCUCACCUUCUUCAUCAGUGGAUCGGAACGUCUCAAGGAUCAAAGUGAGGAUAUAGUCCAGGGGACUAUCAGUGUUCCUGAACCGGAGACGAACAAGAAGAAGGGAAGGGGGAAGAAGAAAAGGUAG